AUGCGCACUGCUGUUGCAUAUCCGAGGGUCCACUGGCUUAUGGGAUUCUGGGUUGAUCUAUCGAGGAGAUCGCAUGGUCGAUAUCGGAUGAAAUUCGAGAGAGUAGAUUUUCGACAGGUUGUCCUGAUCCAAGCUGCUAGACGGCAAUUGCAGAAGUCAGGACAUCCUCGAUUGCGGCCCUCUCACUCGCUGCGUGACGUGGCUUUGUUGCAGAUCGAGAGAGUUGUCUGGAUGGUUCUCGUCUGGACUAGGCCUUUGAUGACACGAAAACUCGUGAUGUCGAAUGGAGACUCGCCGCUAGCGGCCGAAUCGCCCUGGUCGCGGAAGCUAUCCGCUGCUGGGAGAGCUGUUGCCAUGGGAGACGGCCAAUCUUUGCAGCUGACGCUGGACCUCGGUGAUGUCUCCGCUUGGGCGAAUAUAUUGGGCCCUGCUUCGAAAGCCUUCUCCCUUCUUUUCCAUUCCUCCACACAAUUUCAAAACUUCUUCAACCACAUACCUCCACCCCCAGUCCAGCCUUGCAUCUGCAUCGCAACACACCUCUCACCACCCUCUCUCUUCCUUCUUCUCCCCCAGGAAAGACGAGUCAAGAAGCGUUCGCGCUCUCUUCCUCACCUUCUUUCACCCCAAAGAAGCAAGAGACCCCUUCUUGUCUUCCUUUCGGCACGUCGAAAGGCAUUCGAGAAGAAGGCCUCCUGCACUGAGAAGUCGUCAACCUGGACUUUGACGCGCGAGUUCCGAUCCCGUUCAGCAUCUUCCCGUCGUCGUACCGGAGCGACGCCGCCGAAACAACCACCCAGACUCACGUCGAGGGAGAGAUCAACCUACCACAAGCACAGCAGCGCGUCGGACGGGAGGAUAAAUACUCCUCUUUCUCUGCCACUCUUCCUUCUCAACGCGACCAAUUCCGCCAGGAAGAAGUUCAUAUCCAACGCGAAGAGGAUCGUCACCACCGUCCGAGCCGCACAGAAGACGUCUACAUCCGUGAAGAGCGCAGGCCCGACUACAAGCACACCUCAGCACACAUCGACGUCGAGCUCCCACACCACCGAAGACACUAC